AUGAACUGGCCUGUCUUCUACACUGUUCUAAUAGGGGUGAACAAGCAUUCGACCGGCAUCGGGCGGAUAUGGCUCUCUGUUCUGUUCAUUUUCAGGAUCAUGGUGCUGGUUGUGGCUGCAGAAAGUGUCUGGGGCGAUGAAAAGACUGGCUUCACUUGCAACACUCAGCAGCCAGGUUGCAACAGUGUCUGUUAUGAUCAGUUUUUCCCCAUCUCCCACAUAAGGCUUUGGGCUCUCCAGCUGAUUCUGGUGGCCACUCCUGCUCUCCUGGUGGCCAUGCACGUUGCCCAUAAGCAUCACGUGGAAAAGAAGAUUUUCCGGAUCAAGCAGCUCACGGGUGAAGCUGGGGAAGUGGACAUAGAGAAGGUGACCAAGCGGAAAAUGCAUAUCGUCGGCUCUCUCUGGUGGACCUACGUGAUCAGUAUUAUCUUCAGGGUGAUUUUCGAAGUUGCCUUCUUGUACAUCUUCUACAUGAUCUACCCGGGCUUCAGGAUGAUCCGACUGGUCAAGUGCGAUGCCUACCCUUGCCCCAACACAGUGGAUUGCUUUGUCUCCAGACCCACCGAAAAGACUAUCUUCACCAUCUUCAUGCUGGCGGUUUCUGGCGUCUGCGUGCUGCUGAAUAUAGCAGAGGUGGGCUACUUGAUCAUCAAGGCUUGUGUGAAACAGUGUCAGAAAAAAGAAACCAGAUCCAGUAAAAGUGCAUUUUACGGGCGUAAGUUUCCUCAAUUCAGACCACAUGAAAUAAAUGAGUUGCUGUCAAAUCAUGAACCAGCAUUUCUGAAAAACAGUAAAAUGAACGCUGUGCGGAAAAGUACAUCUAAUAAAGAUAUUUGUAGAACCGCCUGA